UAGACUUGAGAGAAAUAACAUAAAUCAAGUUUACAAUACGUCAAAUUUACGAAAAAAUGUGAUCCUUUAGAUUAUUUUCCUCCUAAUUUCGAAAUUAUUAUCAUCACCACGUUGAGUGUGGGUAUCAUAGCAACAUAAAUGAAAUGUUAUUUGACAUUCGCAUCAAAAACUGAUAUAUUUGUCCAACAUUUCAAUUUUGGCGAAAGAUUCAUAAUUUUGCAUGGAGGAGACCCAAAAGAAACAAACUCAUUACGUGAUAUCAUUCAUUACAGAAUUACUGGGCACAGCUAUUCUAGAAUUUUUAGGUUGUAUGGGAUGUAUAUUCAGUUUCAAUCUCGGGCCCUUAUUACCAGCGUUUGCAUUUGGAUUCGCCGUGAUGAUUCCCGUGCAGAUUUUUAGUCACAUCAGCUCAUGCCACAUGAAUCCAGCGGUGUCAAUUGCAUUCCUUAUAUUCGGAGAUAUGGAGUGGAAAAGGUGUUUAAUAUAUAUUGCAGCGCAAUAUGUUGGGUCACUUCUUGGAUUUGGUUUAUUGACGGUCGUCACACCUAAAACGGAAAAAAUGUGCUUACUUCGCUUGAAAGUUGGGAUUACUCCGACACAAGGAUUUUUUUUGGAGUUCCUAUGUACGGUUGUCCUCAUCAUUUUUGUUUUUGGUGCCAUUGAUAGCAAAAACGCCACUUACAGAGACUCAUUUUGCCUCAGACUGGGUCUCAUGAUAUCAGGAUUGGUUUUCUCGGUAGAAUCAUUUACGGGAGCUGGUCUUAAUCCUGCUAGAAGUUUUCCGCCAGCUCUCUUCGAAAAUAUUUGGAAGGACCAUUGGAUUUACGAGAUCGCUCCGAUACUGGGGAUGGCAACGGGAGCGAUUCUUUACAGAUUCGUUUUGAAAGAAGACGAAAAAUACUCUUUGAAUAAUUGGUUAGCCAAGAGAUAACUCAUUCAGCUGAUAAUGUUUUAUUUUCAGAGUUCAUGAUGAGUUUUGUAUCCAAUAGAUAAGUAAACACAUCAAUAACAA